AUGAGAUUCUACAUCUACCAUUUUAUCUGUAUCACCUUUCUUCUUUCGACCAUGAGCCUAGCAAGAUCAGUCAACGAACCUCAUUUCAAAAUACUCGACAGGAGAGGCCAUUUUUCAAAAAACACUGGCUAUGAAUGCGGUUCAAAAAAGUAUAAGAUGGUCGACGUCAAUUCUGCAGUAAGAGAUGCUUGUGUAGCAUAUCCAAAAAAUAAACGAACGAAGAGUCUCUGGACAUUCUUUCAACAAAAGACCCGUCCUAUUUCUUUUCCUGAAGCUCAGAAGUUUGGCUUUCCACGUGAUUCACAAAUGGCACCAAUGACUUUAUCAUUUCUUGAAUUUUUCGGCACAAAUAGUGUCGUAUUCUCAGCAUCAGAUUGCAAACUUCUUGGCCUCGUUAGCAAAAAAAAAGAUAAAAAGAAUGGUUUAUAUCAGAGCUGUAAAUUUAUUACGUGGCCUUUUGGCUUUCUAGAUCUUUUUGAACCACCGAUUGACAACUAA